AUGGAUGCCGAACUCAAUGAAAGAAUGGAAAGGAUGGAAAGAACCCAAAGAGAGUUGCAGGAGCAACUGGCCAAGUUGCAGCAAGAGGCGAGAGAUUUGAUGGUGAGAUCUCGAGAGGAAUCGCUCGAGCAAAGGGAUCAAAUGGCCAAAAUGAUGGAAAUGAUGACGGCCUUGGUCAAAGGAAAGGGACCUAUGCAGGGCCCUGAUGUCGUAGAACCGCCUCAGUCAAGAGCUAAUCAAGAUCCACUUUAUCCUCCGGGAUUCACUCCACCUCAUAUCCACGCAAUGCAAAGAGGAUACCCCCAAAGGGAACCUACAGUCCUGGAACAACCUCCUGUUCCAUCUACUCAUCUAGGGCAAGGAAUGUUUGUAUCGAACCCUGGGGCUAAUCCCUCAGAUCCAAUUGUUCCAGACUUAGAUGAUCUUGUAGAAGUAGCAAGGCUGAGAUUUGAUGACAAUAAUGCUCAGGAUAAGUAUAGAAUUUUGGAAGAGAGGAUCAAGGCAGUAGAAGGUGCUGAAGUUUUCUCUGCUUUGAGUGCCAAAGAGCUCAGUUUGGUACCUGAUCUGGUUCUACCCCCAAAAUUCAAGGAGCCAGAUUUUGAGAAGUAUGAUGGAACAAGAAGUCCAAAGGCGCAUCUUAUCAUGUUUAGCCGAAAGAUGACUGGCUAUGUGAACGAUGAUAAAUUGCUGCUUAGUAGAGAGAGAAUUCGAUCAUGGAAAGAUUUGGCGUCAGCUUUCUGUGAGCAAUAUAGCCAUGUAUCGAAUAUGGUGCCUGAUCGAUUAACUUUACAAAUGAUGGAAAAGAAGCCUAUAGAGACUUUUAGGCAGUAUGUACAAAGAUGGAGGGAUAUCUCGGCUCAGUUGGUGGGGAGUGCCACAAAAGACUUUGCGGAUAUUGUAAUAUUCGGGGAGCUUAUUGAAAAUGUCGUCAAGAGUGGGAGAAUGGAAGGCCCCGAGAGUUCGAAGAGGGCAGUACCCGCAAAGAAAAAGGAGGCAGAGGCCCAAAUGGUCGGAACCGAAAGUCAAUGUACCCCCAAUCCGUAUCCCGCCCAAUCACGACCUCAUUAUCGCCCACCUUCAAACUUCUACUUUCCUCCUCAAGGUCCUUACUAUCAAGCACCUCCGUCUUACCCCGUUUAUGCUAUGAAUAACCAAAGACCAUUCACCGUGUUCCCACCAAACACCAUGCCUACACAAAGCCAACCCAAAAAUGAACAAAGACCAACAAGACCCAAUCCUGAAAGACCUCAGUUUACUCCAAUUCCUGGGCAUUCUACAGAAAACUGCAUUGUCUUUAAAAGAAGGGUUCAAGGUCUUAUUUAUGCUGGUAUUCUACGAUUCGAUGGUGUUAGCAAUGUGACGGGAAAUCCUCUUCCUAACCGUACUGGCGGGAAUGUGAAUGCAGUGACAAAUGAUGACAAUUGGCAAGCCAAAGGUUAUGUUGCCGAAGUAAGGACACCUUUGCGGAAGGUGUGGGAGAUGAUGAUUGAAAAUGGCUUGCUCUGCCCGCCUAGUAGGAUUCUCAAAGAAGAAAGUACAAAAGAUCAGAAUUUCUGUGAUUUUCAUGGCGUCGAAGGGCAUGACAUCCAAUCUUGUAAGGAAUUUAGAAAAUUACUUCAGGACAUGAUGGAUAACAAGGAGGUCAAAGUCUUUGAUAGUGUGGAAGGGGCCGAGGAAGGAGAAAUAUGUGUCUCUGAUAAUUAA